AUGGUCCAAUUUCCAUCAAUCGCUCGGUGUACACUCCUUGCAACUGCUGCAUCGGCGUACGUGACUAGCCGACAGGCAGCGCAGAGCGUUCACGAUGCCUUCACCGCAGCUGGGAAGAUGUAUUUCGGGACUAUCGCGGAGCAGGCUCUGCUGGAAAACCCUCAGAAUGAACCCAUAAUUGCUGCGAACUUUGGCGCUCUAACUUGCGAAAACAGCAUGAAGUGGGAUGCCACUGAGCCUACCCAGGGGGGCUAUACCUUCGAUGGAGCUGACUAUGUUGUCAAUUAUGCCGUGGAAAAAGGAAAGUUGCUUCGCGGACACACACUUCUCUGGCACUCCCAGCUCCCCUCAUGGGUUUCCCAGAUUAGUGACCCCGCCACCUUAACCGGCGUCAUCCAAGACCACGUCACCACCCUGGUGUCCCGAUGGAAGGGACAGAUCUACGCUUGGGAUGUGGUGAACGAAAUUUUCGCUGAAGAUGGGUCCCUUCGCGAGAGUGUGUUUUCAAACGUCCUUGGAGAGGACUUUGUUCGGAUUGCCUUUGAAGCUGCCCGUGCUGCGGAUCCCGACUGCAAGCUUUACAUCAAUGACUACAACCUGGACGACGCCUCCUACCCGAAGACCCAAGGGUUCGUGAGCAAAGUCGGUGAAUGGAUCGCUGCUGGAGUUCCCAUUGAUGGAAUUGGCUCUCAGUCUCAUUUCGGUGCUGGAGGCUUCCCUACAUCCGGCGCCCAGGCAGCGCUUGAAGCGCUUGCGUCAACUGGUGUUUCUGAAGUUGCCGUUACCGAGCUUGAUAUUGGAGGCGGUACUUCGGAAGAUUGGGUCAAUGUCGUCAAUGCAUGCCUGAAUGUCGAGAACUGCAUCGGGAUUACCGUCUGGGGUGUCUCUGACAAGGAUUCCUGGCGCGCCGAAGAAAGUCCCCUUUUGUUCGAUGCGAACUACCAGCCAAAGGAUGCUUACGGUGCUAUAAUCGCAGCGCUCUAA